AUGAUUAUGCAAGAAUUUGAACCAAAGAGAAGAAACACAAAGAUUUCAACAAGUUUUGAUGAAAGUCCAAUUACUAAUAUUUCACUUUCGAAUAAGAAUACUUCAAGUUUCGAUGAACAAGUUCCAAUUUUCAAAGCAAAGAGACAAACACCAUUCCCAUAUUUGAAGAGAAAGUCAAUCAGAAUUGACUUGGUAUUGAAGCAACAAAAACUUGCUCAAAAGAAGAAGAAUGAACAAAAGUUAUUGGAAUCUUUGAGAAAUGACAAGAAACUGUUAGAAAAUGAAAACAUGACCUUGAAGGGAAGAAUUAUGCAAAUGGAAUUUAUACUUCAACAAUUAAAAUCUACCAGACCUAGCACACAAACUCACUCAACUCAACCAAAGAAAUCUAACAAGUCAACUGACUCAAUUCAAUGCACCAAAUGUCAAAAGUGCCUCUCCUCCAAAUAUUUCAAAUAUCAUGAUAGAAUUUGUGGAAACACCAAGCUCAAUCGUUUACUUUCAGAAACGGAUUUGAAAAGAUUACAAUUUCUAAGAAAGAAUCAAAAAACUGUAUUAAAUUUCUCACCAAAGAAUGACUGGAGAAGAAAGAGGGAAGAGUUUUUGGCUCAAAUUAAGAGCGCCCAAAAGAAGCACUCUUCAAAUUGUAUUAUUUUCUUUAGAACACAAGAAAAGAGUUUCUAUAAAUCAAUAAAGUAA